AUGCCAUCCUACUUCACAUCCGCUCCUGGAAAAGUCAUUCUGUUUGGCGAACACGCUGUCGUCUAUGGAAAGGUGGCAACUGCUGGCUCGCUGGGUCUGCGAUCAUACUGCUUGAUCCAGGACAGGACAGACGGCGCCAUCAGCGUCAACCUGCCGGAUGUGCAGCUCGAACGAACAUGGAGAUCGACAGACGUUCCUCGCCAGGCUCGAGGUGCCAAUGUUGACUCUCCGUUGCUUUAUUCCUAUGGCAUAGGCUAUCCUUAUCCGCCUGCAACAAUGGAUAACACGGUGUUGGAUCAACUGGCCACAUUUGUGGACCUUGCUGCCUACACCAACCGAUCCCAAGCUACGAUCGCACUCUUAUACCUUCACUCAUACCUUACCUCAGAUGAGAUUGUCAUUCAGGGAUACGAUUUCAGUGUGCGGUCAAACUUGCCCGUCGGCGCAGGGUUGGGCUCAUCAGCAUCAUACUGCGUCUGCCUUGCGACAGCAUUGUUGAAGUUGAACGGUCAUUUAGAUACUGGGCUUUUGGAUGCAGCAGCGCAGCGGGAUCUGAUCAAUCAGUGGGCAUUCCAAGCAGAGAAGGUCAUUCAUGGAAACCCUAGUGGGAUCGACAACACUGUCAGUACCCUCGGAGGAGCCGUGAUGUUCAAGAAGGGCGAAAAAAUUGAGCCGCUGCCUGGUACUAACAAGGCAUCCCUAUCUUUGAUACGCUUUAGAUUCCAAUCGUUGCGAUUCCUCCUUACUAAUACUCGAGUUCCAAGGGAGACACAAGUCCAAGUCGCCAACGUCCGGAAGUUGCAUGACAAGUUCCCUAGCGUGGUUAACCCUGUGCUGGAUGCCAUCCAUGAGAUCAGUGUUUCAUGCAAGGAAAUGUUUGGCCAGGAUGGACUGGACAGAGAACGCUUGCUUUCUCGCUUCGGCGAACUGGUAGACGUGAACCAUGGAUUGUUAGCUGCUCUUGGAGUGUCCCACCCCGCACUCGAGAAGGUACGAGAGAUCUCUGCCAAGAUCGGCCUCAAGUCCAAGUUGACAGGAGCUGGAGGCGGGGGAUGUGCACUGACCUUGAUCCGCGAUGACGUGUCGCCCGAAACGAUCGCAGUGGUGAAGCAAUUGCUCGAGGCCGAGGGGUUUCAGUGCAUGGAGACCCAGGUCGGUGGUCCUGGCGCCGGCGUGUUAACGCUCGACCAGGCAACUCCGGUCACGGAGUUUCUGGCACACGAUAGGGCGUACUUUGAUGCGACUCAAAACUGGGCGUAUUUUGCUUAA